CGAAUUAUUCCCGCCUCACAAAUACAUUUGAAUCAGUAUAGAGUUUAGUCAAAAGACUGCAACCGGUGUUAUAAUAACAGUACUUACUUAAUUUACUUAUAAAUAGUCAGUGAUUUAGUGUAAUAUUUAUUUUGGAAAUACUUUAAUACACAUAACAAAUACAAUGGGCAAAGACGACAAAGAAGAGACCGGCUUCGGCUUCAAAGACAAAGCCAAAGCGGAAGAGACGUUGAAGCUUCUAGAACAGCACGAGAUGAAUUACAGACGGCUGACAGUGCGCGGUCUGCUGGGUAGGGCGAAGAGGGUGCUGUCCAUGACCAAAGCAGAAGACAAAAUAAAGAAUAUAAAAGAAGCAAUGGAGGUGUUCGAGAACUGGCUCGCGGACUUGGAUAAGAACAAGGACAAGAAGACUGAUAAGAAGGAAGAGAAGACUGAGUCGAAUAGAGAAGAGAGGAAGGACGAGAAGAAUGGCGAUGACAAGGACUCAGACUCAGAUGAGGAAAUGGAGGAGAAGCCGAAAGAGAAGAAGGAGCUGCCCGCCGACACGGUGCCCGGUCUAGGCUUCAAGGACAAGGAGGCGGCAGAUGGAACCCUGAAAGAGUUGGAGGGACGCGACCCCGACUACCAGAAGCUGGCCGUCAAGGGGUUGAUUGGCAGGGCGAAGAGAGUACUCACAUGCACUCGUGACGAGACCAAGUUGUCCAAUAUAAAAGAAGCGAUUACAAUAUUCGAGAAGUUCCUGGACGACUUCGACACUUUGCACCUGAGCAAACAGAACAAUCCGUACCUGAGCUUGGGCAUCGUGAGAACGGCCCUCAAGUCCGCCGGCGACAGCGUCACUCAACAGCAGAGAUCGUUCAUAGCGGCGUACUCGUCGGUGAACGGCGAGUACAAGAGGUUGCGGACCGUCCAGGACACAGACUCCGGCAAGACCUGGGACAUCGUUAGGAAUACUGCACUUAAGGACCUCAAGGAAAAGUACGCUGAAGCUAAACUAUUCAACGAGAAAGAUGAACCAACCAAAGAGCAUCUAGAGUUGCUUUUAUGGGCAUAUUCGCCGGAAGCGGCGCGCGUGAAAAAAGUCGUGCCAGAGACAAAAGAAGAAAAGCAAGAUGGCGGCGAUAGAAAGCGGCGCGCUAGUGACAGAGAUAGCGAGUCGCCGAGUAAAAAGAAAAAGGAGUGAUGCGGUAACCUGUUGUGCAUUUGUGUAUUAUCAAUAAAAUAUAAUUUUGGGAUGACA